AUGCAACAGAACCCGGGAGAAUCACUUCGGUCGUACGUCCACAGGUUCCACGAAAAAAACGUGCAGAUACCUAAUCCUAAUGAGCAUGUCACCAUUGCUGCUUUUACCCAUGAGCUCGUUGCCGGGGUAUUCAAUACGGGGAUCCACAAGAAGUAUCCCCGCACACUCCAUGAACUGUGGUUGAAGGUCGAGAAGGGCAUACAGGCCGAAGACCUCAACCGCAUGAAGAAAGAGGUCCAGACCACCUGCUCAAGGACCGAUCCCCGAAGGGGAAAAGAGGCUGGCCGAAGUGAAGUGGGGGCAGGAAGUGGCUUCCAAAGCCCUAAUCGAGACCGCCGCAGCGUGUUCGACCGAAUCUCCAAGUGGAAAGCAUCCAUCCCUAAGUCCGAGUUGACUCCUUUGAACACUACUCGGUCCCGGGUGUUGUCCGUGAUGGAACAGAACAAUCUCGGGAAGGCCCCUCCCAAGAUGUUCGGCAGCCGGGAUAAGCGGAACUCGAACCUCUACUGUCUGUAUCACCGGGAUAUCGGGCAUGAAAUCGAGGACUGCAACGAUCUCAAGAGAGAGAUCGAGAACCUCAUCAGGCAGGGGCACCUGAAGCAGUUCAUCCACCGAGGUGGUGGUCACCAACGUAAUGAACCCCGACGCGAAAGCCGGAGUGACCAACGCUGA